GAGUGGGAGACCAAAUCCAAGACGCAAAGGGAAACAGAAACAGUGAGACAAAGUGCAGGAGACCGAGCCAAUAGUUUGAGUGACUUUCACUGGCGGUUAAGGGCCUGUAGUGAAGAAAUUACAAGGGAUCAUGGAGUAACGGGACUUGAUUGACAAGAGAACAACGUACUCCACCUGUUCGGCAGCGAGGGCUACUGUUGGAAGACUGAUCUCGGCAUACGACUUACAGAUGGGAGCUUAUUGGACAAGCUCUUUCUUUAUUUUGAACUUGUGACACACUGGACAGCUUGAGGAUUGAAGAGAGCAAGCAAAGGAAAACCAAGGUUUCCGAGGACAUACACCACAGCUUCGAACCAACAGAAGAAAGGGUGAGGUCUACAUCGACAGAGGAGACCGCAAGGACACCAAGACAGAGAACAGGACGUCGAGAACUGAACCAAGAAAAAAAAAACACACCAUGGAUUCUCAUGGAGGACACUACCUCAACAAAGAAGCUGUGUUGUCACCUUUAGGCGCAGCCCGAAUGUGCCAGAUGCUCUUUGGCUGCACCAUAUUGGCCCUUGUGUCCCACAGUGCAGGCUACAGCGCCACCUAUGGAACCUUCUGCAUGUUUGUGUGGGGCUUCUGCUUCGCUGUGACACUGGUCGUGUUCACCUUGGACAUCACGCGGCUCCACGCAUGCAUGCCCAUUUCCUGGGAUAACUUCACCGUGGCCUUUGCCAUGUUGGCAACUCUCAUGUACAUCACUGCCUCUGUGGUCUACCCUGUUUACUUUCUCCAGACAGAGUGCCCGGAUGAAAGCUGCGAGAUCCAAAUCUACCAAAUUGCUGUCACUGUCUGCUCCAGUGUCUGCUGUUUCCCCUACGGAGUUGAGGUGUUCCUAACUCGAGCCAAACCAGGGGCUGUGGUGGGCUACAUGGCCACGGUGUCCGGUCUACUCAAGGUUAUCCAGGGUUUUGUCGCCUGCAUAAUUUUUGGGGCUCUAGCCAAUGACAUGGAAUACAACAACUACAUUGCUACCCAGUACUGUGUAGUGGUGUACAGCCUGUGCUUCUCUCUGACUGUGAUAGUGGUCAUCGUGACCGUCUCUGGAAGGUCCUCAGCACUGCGGUUCCCCUUUGACCGAUUCGUAGUUGUCUACACCUUCUUUGCUGUGAUCCUCUACCUCAGUACUACACUUAUCUGGCCCAUCUUCAGUUUUGAUAGAAAAUAUGGCAUCACCGACCGUCCUGAGGACUGCCCACGUGGAGAAUGUCCCUGGGACAGUAAGCUGGUGGUGGCAGUGUUCACCUGUGUCAACCUAAUCUUGUAUUUUGUUGAUCUAAUUUAUUCCCAAAGGAUCCGCUUUGUCUCCAGAUCUGCUGUAUAAAUGUUACCCCUUCAAGACUAUUAAUCCUCUGAGACAAGUGGACAGGUUUAAUCAUGCAACAUGCCGUCCACAGUCAGGUCUCAUAGAAGGACUCAUUCCCUUGAAUCCACAAGUUGAUGGUGUUAUUUCUGUGUAACAAUUUUAUUAUCAGUAUUCAGCAUUCUAGUAUUGAGCCUCUUUGUUCAGCAGUCAAAACUGACAGUAUUGCCCAUGAUACAGUAUUUGUGAGAAAAAGGAUUAUGCCCCCAUGUGUAAUGACCUUCCAGGGAGAGCAUGCCAGGUACCUACAGACCUAAGCGAGUAUAAGAUAAUGUUUAGAAUAUCAGAGCAGUGCCAUGUCAGAUAGACACCCUCAGACUAACAAAGACUCAGAAAUGUAUUUCACUGUAUUUAAACAAAUAGAUGAAUGGAAAUAUGACUCAAAGAGAAGCAUAGUAAAUGUUAAGUCUGCAGUGUGCACUGAAUGUAGCUGUUGGUUUUGGCUUUACGGACAUUUUGUUGUUUGCUGUUGUUUUUUUCAAUAAUGUUCCGAAUGGAAUGUCAAAUUUCACAUUUAUUAGGCUUUUCCAGUUAUCCACUGAAUUUUCAAUGUAUCUAAUACGUGGAAGUUUGUGAGAG